AUGGAUGAAGAUCAAGGUCCAUCUCAAAUCGUCCCCGAGGCGUCACCAAAGCGCACAGUGGGAGAUCGUCUGCGCGGCGCCAAGAACAGAUUCUUCACGAAGCAAGGCCUCAUCGGCGACUACGACUAUGCGUUCCUCUUCCGCCCGAACCUGCCCUUCAUGAGGAAGUCGCGCCAGUCCGCACCCUUUUUCGGCCUGCACGACAAAAUGCCCACGCUCUUGGCCAUUCUCCUGGGCUUUCAGCAUGCCCUGGCCAUGUUGGCUGGUAUCAUCACGCCGCCCAUUCUGCUCAGCGGUGCUUCUGGUGCCAACCUGUCGGGAGAGAUGCAACAAUAUCUAGUUUCGACUGCCUUGAUCGUCUCUGGAAUCCUGUCCGCAAUCCAGAUCACCAGGUUCCGCAUUUUGAAGACUCCCUACUAUAUCGGCACCGGCCUUCUCUCCGUCAUGGGAAUCUCGUUUGCCAUUAUUCCUGUUGCGCAGGGUGCUCUUACCCAGAUGUAUGCCAACGGCUUCUGCCCUACCGACGCUGAUGGCAACAAGCUUCCGUGCCCCGAUGGAUACGGAGCCAUUAUCGGUUCCAGUGCCCUCUGUGCUCUCAUCGAAAUCUUGAUUUCCUUCAUGCCGUCCAAGGUGAUGCUUCGCAUCUUCCCUCCCAUAGUCACUGGCCCCACUGUCAUGCUCAUCGGUAUUCACCUCGUCGAGAGCGGUUUCCAGAACUGGAUGGGCGGCUCAGGGCCUUGCGCCAGUCCGUCGACUGCGUCUGCGUUCUUCGCAAAGUGCCCCAACAUCUCGGCGCCCCAUGCUCUGCCCUGGGGCUCCGCCGAGUACCUCGGGUUGGGCUUCUCUGUGUUCCUCACGAUUAUUCUCUGCGAGAGAUUCGGUGCCCCUAUCAUGAAGUCCACUUCGGUCAUCAUUGGUCUCCUUGUUGGAUGCAUUAUUGCAGCCGCGACAGGAUACUUUGACCGAUCUGGCAUCGACAGCGCCCCUGCCGCCUCCUUCAUCUGGGUUCACACCUUCAAGCUAAGCCUACCUCUCCUUGCGGUUUACAUCAUUUGCGCCUGUGAAGCCAUCGGAGAUAUCACAGCCACUUGCGAUGUCUCGAGACUAGAAGUCGAGGGCCGUCUCUUCGAGUCCCGGAUCCAGGGUGGUGUUUUGGCCGACGGCAUCAACGGAGUCUUCGCUGGUUUGAUGACCAUCACCCCUAUGACCACCUUCGCCCAAAACAACGGUGUUAUCGCCCUUACCCGCUGCGCCAACCGGAGCGCAGGAUAUUGCUGUUGUAUAACGCUCAUCAUCAUGGGUAUCUUCGCCAAAUUCGCCGCCUCUCUCGUCGCCAUCCCCUCCUCCGUCCUGGGCGGCAUGACGACCUUCCUCUUCACCGCCGUGGCCGUCUCCGGAAUGGCAAUCAUCACAAAGGGUGUCCCCUUCAACCGCCGCAACCGCUUCAUCCUGACCGCCGGCCUGACCCUCGGCUACGGCGCCACCCUCGUCCCGACCUACUUUGACAACGUCUUCACCUACGCCGGCGACAACCGCGGCCUGCGCGGCUUCCUCGAUGCCAUCGUGCUCAUCAUGGAGACCGGCUUCGCCAUCACCGCCUUUGUCUGCAUGUUCCUCAACUUUGUCCUUGAGGAGGAGAUCGAGGACACCGAGGGCCGGGAUGUGCCGCCUGCCGGCAGCGCUGUGGCUACCAAGGAUGUCAAUGGAGGUGACAGCGCGCGGGGAGCUGAUUCUGAGGACAUCCAGCCUGUUGGACACAGCGCUGCGGGCAAGGGAGAAGAGAAGCUGGCAUAA